CUACCUCAGAACACAAUAAUUUUCUUUUGGCAUGGGGGAACUCGUUGUGAUGUGUUGUCUUGUUCUCCUGGUUUAGGUUGUGGAACUCUGGCAGUGCUGGAACAAAAUGAAGCUGGGAUUGUGCUGCUCAGGAGUUUUGACUGGAAUGAUGGCCUGUUUGAUGUGACCUGGAGUGAGAAUAACGAACACGUGUUGAUCACUUCCAGUGGAGAUGGGUCUUUGCAAAUUUGGGAUACAGCUAAAACCAAAGGUCCGCUGCAAGUCUAUAAAGAGCACACCCAGGAGGCGUAUAGUGUUGACUGGAGCCAAACUAGAGGAGAGCACCUAGUGGUGUCUGGUUCAUGGGAUCAAACAGCCAAGCUGUGGGAUCCAGCUGUGGGGAAGUCAUUAUGCACUUUUAAAGGCCACGAAGGGGUCAUUUACAGCACUAUAUGGUCUCCACACAUCCCAGGUUGUUUUGCAUCUGCCUCAGGUGACCAGACUUUAAGAGUUUGGGAUGUGAAAGCCCCAGGAGUCAAACUUGUGAUACCGGCCCACCAGGCUGAGAUCUUGAGCUGUGACUGGUGCAAGUAUGAUGAGAACUUGCUGGUAACUGGUGCAGUUGACUGUAGCUUAAAAGGCUGGGAUUUGCGGAACAUCCGACAACCCGUGUUCGUCUUGUUUGGUCAUACCUACGCUAUCAGAAGGGUAAAAUUUUCACCAUUCCAUGCAACUUUAUUGGCAUCUUGCUCCUAUGAUUUUACUGUGAGAUUCUGGGACUUUUCCAGGCCUAACCCUUUGCUGGAAACAGUCGAGCAUCAUACUGAAUUUACAUGUGGACUAGAUUUAAGUCUUCACAACCGUGGUCAG